AUGGCAGUCAGCAGUGAACUCCCGCUGGUGAACCCGGCCUCACCAGCGCAAUACGCCCGUGGCUACGCUCGCCGGUACCGCCGCACUGGUAUCGCGGCCUUCGUCUUUCUCUCAGUCGCCGCCCUCCUGUUCUUCCUCCAUCGAUCUGGGCUCGAAUCAUGGCGAUUUCGGCCAUCCGCAGAGUCGCUGAAGCCUGCUGUAGCUCACAUCCCCGAGACGAUAUGGCAGAUUAUGCUUCCGAAGAAUCCGACUCCCGACCAACCGACCAUCGAGGCGGGGCGGCUCGAGAACACCGCUUCCUGGCUGGCGCUGAAUCCGAAUUAUUUCUACCUUCUAGUCGACCAGAAAGGCGGCGAUGACUUCAUUCACCAGCACUUCUCGCAUAGACCAGACAUUAUCGAGACAUACACCAAUAUGCCGAAUGUGGGUAUGAAAUCAGACAUGCUGCGCUAUCUCCUUCUCUCCGUCGAGGGAGGAGUAUACACCGACACCGAUACUAUCGCACUGCAGCCAAUCGACAAAUGGAUUCCCUCUCACAUCCGGAACCGAACCCGUGUGAUUGUUGGCAUUGAGUACGAUCGCCGUGAAGGCCCGGCAUGGGCUGACAUCCCUCACGUCCUCCAGUUCUGCCAAUGGACUAUCGCCGCCGCCCCCGGACAUCCGGUAUUCGACAAGAUGGUGAACCGCAUCAUCAACUCGGCCAGGUUGCUGGCGGAAGAACAUAAGGUCCCCCUUAACCAAGUGAAGCCUGAGAGCAUUGAGGUUAUGAACUCAACCGGACCUGCCGCGUGGACUGAUGUCGUCUUUGAGCAACUACAGGAGCUGGAGCCAUGGAUCAAGCAGUUGACGGAUCUCUCCUACAUGAAGGAACCGACCCUCUACGGCGACAUGCUCGUUCUGCCCAUCGAUGGGUUCGGCAUGGGGCAGCCGCAUUCAGAUAGUACUAAUGAUGGUUCCAUCCCGCCCGACGCGUUGGCAAGGCAUCUAUUCAAGGGGACAUGGAGAGGGAAUUAA